GGGAGGGCGGAGGCGGCCGUCGGUGUACGGCGGCGAGCGGCAACUGAGGGAGCGGCGGGCCGCGCCCGGCGAUGAGGCACGAAUCGCCCCUGCAGGUCGGUCCCCGGGCCGGAGCUGAUGAGAGUGAAUUACAGAUGGCAUCCACUCAAGAUUCCAGAUAUGGCCAGAAAGAUACAUCUGAGCAGAACUUUGAUUACAUGUUCAAACUGCUCAUAAUAGGCAACAGCAGUGUUGGGAAAACCUCCUUUUUGUUCCGAUAUGCUGAGGAUUCCUUUACAUCUGCAUUUGUAAGCACAGUUGGAAUUGAUUUCAAAGUAAAAACAGUUUUCAAAAAUGAAAAAAGAAUAAAGCUACAGAUUUGGGACACAGCAGGUCAGGAGAGAUACAGAACAAUUACCACGGCUUACUAUCGAGGUGCUAUGGGCUUCAUUUUAAUGUAUGACAUCACAAAUGAAGAAUCUUUCAAUGCUGUGCAGGACUGGUCAACUCAAAUCAAAACAUACUCUUGGGAUAAUGCCCAGGUUAUUUUGGUUGGUAACAAAUGUGACAUGGAGGAUGAACGGGUAAUCUUCACUGAGAGAGGCAAACAUUUAGCAGAGCAACUUGGAUUUGAAUUCUUUGAAACAAGUGCCAAGGACAACAUUAAUGUCAAGCAGACAUUUGAGCGACUCGUGGAUAUCAUCUGUGACAAAAUGUUGGAAAGUCUGGAAGUGGAUUCCACCAUUGCUGCCAGCAAGCAGAACACACAACUAAAGGACACCCCUCCUCCACAGCAGCCCAACUGCAGCUGUUAAUGCAGCUAUCAGCAAAGCAGCUCCAAUGUGUUCUGUUGCCAACAGAUUAGUAAUGGUCUAUCUGCCUUUGUU